CACCAUCCACUAAAACCAAAAACCGCUUAUUUCUUGAUUUCUUCAUCUCAUUCCCAUCCACCCUUUGUAGACUUUCUCUCUCUAUUUUCUUCCUUUCCCUUUCACUCUCUCUCUCCGAUUCCGCACACAGAUUCCUCGAUGGCAACCGCACCAACACCACGCGAAGAGUUCGUCUACAUGGCGAAACUCGCCGAACAAGCCGAACGUUACGAAGAGAUGGUUGAAUUCAUGGAAAAAGUAACUGCCGCUGUCGAAAGCGAAGAACUCACCGUCGAAGAAAGGAACCUUCUCUCCGUCGCUUACAAAAACGUGAUCGGAGCAAGACGUGCUUCCUGGCGCAUAAUCUCAUCCAUCGAACAAAAGGAGGAAAGCAGAGGCAACGAUGAACACGUGGCAGUCAUCCGUGACUACAGAUCUAAGAUCGAAGCCGAACUUUCCAACAUCUGUAACGGUAUUCUCAAACUACUUGAUUCUCGCCUCAUACCUUCCGCUGCUUCUGGUGACUCUAAGGUUUUCUACCUUAAGAUGAAAGGUGAUUAUCAUAGGUACCUUGCUGAGUUUAAGAGUGGCGCUGAGCGUAAAGACGCUGCUGAAAGCACUCUUACUGCUUAUAAAUCUGCUCAGGACAUUGCAAACUCUGAGCUGCCUCCAACUCACCCAAUCAGGCUUGGUCUUGCUCUGAACUUUUCUGUGUUUUACUAUGAGAUUCUCAACUCUCCCGAUAGGGCUUGCGGUCUUGCAAAACAGGCUUUUGACGAGGCUAUCGCUGAAUUGGAUACAUUGGGAGAGGAAUCAUAUAAGGAUAGCACUCUAAUCAUGCAACUUCUCCGUGAUAACCUCACCCUUUGGACAUCUGACAUGCAGGACGAUGGUGCUGAUGAAAUUAAAGAAGCUGCACCUAAAGGUGAUGAACAGCAGUGAACAUAUUGUACUGCUAAUUAGUUAUUAAACUUCUCCUUAAUCAUGUUUUUAAAAGGGGAAGGUGCUAUUGAUAAUGUUGAUGCUACAGAGAUUUUAGGCAUUCAUGUCUAUUUUAUGAAUUUUAGAUGCACUGGGCUUUUUUAGCUUGUCCUUCAUUUGUGUAUGUGUUUCUGAAUUAUCUAUUUUCAGUCACUAUAAUUUCUAUCAUAUGCAAUUAAAAUAUUAUGACUCUAUCUUAUA